GUUGGUCAGCCGCCAUGGACAGACACGUAGCAGCACGAAUCACGUCCAUGCGUCUACGCACACAGGAAGCUGUACAAUCACCCACCCAUGUGAGCAUGUAUACUGGCUACCGUAAGCUAUCCAUCAUAUCGCCCACCGCUGGCUGGCUCGCUCACGCAUUACACCUAAACAGAAACACGCACCAAGCCACAACAAUCCGAACGCAAGACAUCUUUGAAGUACGGCUCCACACUGCAUGUCUCCCACCCGUGAUAUGAUACUUGUCCUCUCACGAGAGGGUCCAAACUUCCAUCUCAGUGAUGGUGAAGGUCAUGCUGCCCGCCAGAGUCCCAUCGCCCGCCGCAUCCACCGGUCCCCGAUAUCCGGCCGGCAAGUAGGGAUUCUUGACCAUCAUGCCGCAGCUGCUGAGGUCGGCAGCCAGGCCGGGCUCAGCAUAAGCUAACACCACACCCGCUGCAUCAUCCACAUAGAUGGCCACCUUGGCGAAUGGCCGCCCACCAAGCCACCUCACCGCCCCCUCCCGCCCAGCGACCGCCACCGCCUGACGACCGUCGGGUGGCGUGUCGAUCCUGGUGGGUCCGUCACACGCCCCGCUGAUGCUGUAGACCCUCACGGGGCAGUCGGUGGUCUCGUACGAUGUGGGGUCGGCGGGUGGUUCGAGGGGGCCGUCCACGAAGGCUGCAAAUUUGUGUGUGUCGUUGUGCUGCACGACGAACAGCAGAUUGCUGACGUCGCUGACACAGUCGAGGAGACUGCUGUGACCGAAACCGUCGCGGCUCGACCUAUCGUAAACAAGACAUCCAUAUGCACACGACAUUCUCCAACCCCUCAGUCGCCCAUCCUUUCCUUCUGCGUGUCCGCGUACUUGUACAGCAGGGAGGGCGGCUUGCUCAUUCGCCCCGUGAGCUCCACCAAUGACGCCAGGUGGUCCUCCGAUGUGACGAUGAGGUCGCCGCCCGCGCCCCAUCGGUAGAAGGGCUGGUGCUUGAGGCCGUACUGACACAGAAAAUACCGACACAUGCCAGAUGUCGACUGAAAUAGCACCCACUCAGACAGACUCACCAUCUGCAGGUCCUCUACAAACAGCUCUCUGCGCCGCUCGAUCACAGGUGGGGCGACCUUCUGGCCGGCAGGCAUGACGGCCUGGCGCCUUGCGAAAUCCACAACACGCUGCAGAUGCUCAGCUGAGGUCUGACGCACAUCGGGCUCCAACUGGUACGUCCUGAAGACACACAACACACAGAGGAGAGCAUUUGACAACCCAUGUCGUCGUGCCUUUUCCGCCCUCUUCGUUGCCUACGGUGAGAAUCUGUUGAGCAGUGGGCUGUUGGUGGGGCCGAGAGGCGACAGUGUCCGGCGCAUGACCGACACCCUCUCCCCCAAUAUGGUGACGCUGAGCACCUCGUCCUCCUCGCUAUCGUCCGUUUUCAUGAACGGCUCCAUCGCGCACAGGAAGGCCGCCGUCCGCUCCUUCUCCGCCUUGAGAGCCUCGUACGCACGCUCAUACAGGCGGCGGCUCUCGUCAAACGCCGCAAAGGGCCCCGCUACAUCCGUCUGCCUCUGCCCCUCCCCCUCUCCCAUCUGCACAUCGCCACUGCCGCUACUGUCGCCAUCACCGCUGCCGAACUCCCUCAUGAAGAGCGCGUGGUACUCGGCAUACGAUGGGUCGUUCUGCAGGGCGGCGGUCAGCUCGAUGGCGUCCUCGCGGCCCCGCUCGACGAAUGUGAGCUCGUUGAGGAGCCAGCGGAAGUAUGCCGGGCAGCUCUCGAGGUAGGGCCGCUUCUCUGCGUCGUGGGGCAGGGCGGCCUCGAAGCGCAGCAGCAGCACUGACAGGUAAUUUCGCACCAUCGACGGCCGCAUGAGGGCCGCACGCGAGACCGGGAAGACGGUGCCGCCGACGUUGAGAGUGAGAGUGCCGCUGGUCUGCUGGGGCUCCCGUGGGCCGCCCUUCUCGCUGAUCAUGGCAUGCAUCUCCUCUGCCAGCCGCUUGGCCUCGUUCUCCGCCGCCUUCCAUCCCGCCAGUGCCUCGGUGAGAAGCCGCUCCAAAGACGAUUGGACCGCAUGGAGCCGCCUGUCGCCCUCGACGCUGCUCGUUGUGACGCCGUCGAGCGAGGAGGGGGGAAGGGGCUGCUCGUCGUCGAAGGGCAGGCCGAAAAUGCCCUUUCGCUUCUUGGAUGCGCCUGAUGCUGCGGCCGCCGCCAUUGCUAUGAAGUGAUGGGCGCUCAGACGGUCCC